CUUUUUCUCUGUCUGCAGGACUGAGCACUGAGACAAGAGCUAAAACAAACAGCUGUGACUGUGCGAGCCAGCCAAACCGAAAGGAGGAGGAGGAGGAGAGGGAGACUCCUAUCACCACUCCCCCAUCGGUCUCGCUCUUUCUCUCUCGGAUAACAACAGCUCAUCUCCCCAAGAAAUCUCUCCUUCGGUUCACCCAGGGCUCCCAGGCGCCACUGGGGCUCUCAGGAUGAGAAGGAUCCGGGCGAAUGCCAUCGCCAUCCUGACCGUCGCCUGGAUCCUGGGCACUUUCUAUUACUUGUGGCAGGACAACAAACCCCAUUCGGCAGCAUCCAGCAAAUCUCCGAGCAGCAGCAGUAGCAGUAGCAGCAGCAGUAACGGCGGCGGCAGCAACAACAACAGGAACGGGCAGAAAUCAACCGGGAAACUCGAGAGCCACAAAGAGGAGAGGACCUUUCCCCUCGUUGCAUCUAAAGCACCACAAGCAGAGAAAAUUGGCUUACGGAGUUUUGAUGAAAAGGUCUACCUCUCCUCAAAGUUGCUAAAGGCUGGAGAAGAUCCCUAUCGGCAACAUGCUUUCAAUCAGUUGGAGAGUGACAAACUCAGCAGUGACCGGCCUAUUCGGGACACCAGGCAUUACAGGUGCGCCUCUGUGCACUAUGGUACAGACCUCCCAGCAACAAGCAUCAUCAUCACCUUUCACAAUGAAGCUCGCUCCACCUUACUCCGCACGGUGAAAAGUGUCUUGAACCGCACUCCUGCAAACUUGAUUCAGGAAAUCAUUUUAGUGGAUGACUUCAGCUCUGAUCCUGAAGACUGCCAACUCCUUGCCAAGAUACCAAAGGUCAAGUGUCUACGCAACAAUCGUCGAGAAGGGCUAAUUCGCUCUCGGGUACGAGGUGCUGAUACGGCGACGGCUGAUAUCCUCACCUUCUUGGAUAGCCAUUGUGAGGUGAACAGUGAAUGGCUGCAACCUAUGCUUCAGAGAGUGAAAGAGGAUUAUACUCGGGUGGUGAGUCCUAUCAUUGAUGUGAUAAGCUUGGACAAUUUUGCCUACUUAGCAGCAUCAGCAGAUUUGAGGGGAGGGUUUGAUUGGAGUCUUCACUUUAAGUGGGAGCAGAUCCCCAUAGAGCAAAAGUUGUCUAGAACAGAUCCUACCCAACCCAUAAGAACACCUGUCAUAGCAGGGGGCAUCUUUGUAAUUGAUAAAUCUUGGUUUAACCAUCUUGGAAAAUAUGACACUCAGAUGGAUAUCUGGGGAGGAGAGAACUUUGAACUUUCUUUCCGAGUCUGGAUGUGCGGAGGUAGCUUGGAGAUUGUUCCGUGCAGCCGAGUGGGCCAUGUGUUCAGGAAACGACAUCCAUACGACUUCCCUGAGGGCAAUGCACUGACCUAUAUUAAAAACACCAAACGUACAGCCGAAGUAUGGAUGGAUGAGUACAAACAGUAUUACUAUGAGGCCCGGCCAUCUGCCAUUGGAAAGGCAUUUGGAAGUAUUGUAGACCGAGUGGAACAGCGGAGGAAGAUGAAUUGCAAAUCCUUCCAGUGGUACUUGGAGAAUGUCUAUCCUGAGCUCAAGGUUCCAGAAAAGGAGCUGAUUCCAGGGAUAAUCAAGCAAGGAGCAAAUUGUUUGGAGUCUCAGGGGCAGGAUACAGCGGGAAAUGCUCUAGCAGGAGUUGGGAGCUGUAAAGGGACAGUGAACAAUCCUGCUGCCACUCAGGAGUGGAUAUUCAGCGACCCAUUAAUCAGACAACAGGACAAGUGUCUCUCUAUCACCUCCUUCUCUACUGGCUCCCAGAUCACCAUCGAGUCGUGCAAUCAGAAAGACGGCAGACAGAAAUGGAAGAUGAAAGGCAGCUUCAUCCAGCACUUUGUCAGUGGCUUGUGCUUAGAGAGCCAGUCCAGCAGAUUAGUGACCAACAUCUGCCAGUCGGAUAUACCAGGGCAACAGUGGGAGCUCCUCCAGGCCACAUGAUGGUUGUCCAGCAACUUCUCUGAUGCUUUUGCAUGAGACUCUGGGAAUGGAAGGGGGUAGGGUGGGGAAUGAAGUUUGGUUCUCUUUAAACCUUCAGUAUUUUGAUUGUGAUCCUCAGCCCAUAAGCAUUUUAGUUGAAACGUCAGUGUUUUGGGAUUCGUUAAUGGAGCACUCCAAGAUGUAUGGAACCAUCACCAGAAAUGGUCCGUCUGUUUACCCUUCUUUUCCCACUGUGAGCAACACUAUAGGAAACUCAACAGCAGUUCAGUGCUGGGGAAGGAUGCACCCCAGUAACCAAGACUUUGGUAUGAUACUGACAGCUGGUCCCUUUCAUUCAUUCCACUCCAGGGAAACGUGGUGUGUGGUCCCAUGGAGUUGUUGCCUUUGGUGUUUGUGACAACGCUUACUGUGAACCUCUAAUGGAUUUGCUUGAUUUCACUGGCUUUCAGACCUGACGUCACCUUUCAUUUUGCAUGUGUGCUGUACAAAAUGCUUUAGGGGAACGCAAGCAAAAGUAGUUAUGGCUAAGUUAUUGGAUAAUGUACCACUGAGAGCAAAUGGAAGGCAGGCGGGCUAAGUAAAGCCUUUAUUGAUUUGGAUUUGUUUCUGAGUUUGUUUUCUCAUUGGAGUAUGUUCCUUGCAGAGAUAGGGAUCCUUGUUUUCCCUGGCUGAUAGGGUUAGGGUAUUGCAGGGGGAAUUUAAAACUGUCCUUGACUGGGUAAAUACGAGUCUGCUACGGAUUUAAUGGUUUGAGUCCUUUAGUAAACAAUGUUCUUUGAAAUUACAUGAACAAGAAGAGAUCCCUUUUUGUUUUAUAUACAAGGUGUACAUACAUAUAGCCUGUGGUUGCUUAACUGUGUGUUCAUCCUCCAUCUCUUUUAUUUCCUCCCGUAGAAAAGCAAAGUUCAGAGAAUUACUGCCUAAUCUCUUAACAAAUAGGCAAUUGGAGCCUUCUCCUGAGACUGAGGAAUGUGAUGAAGCAGCUGCUAGGAAACAUCCAUUAAGACCUGUCCAGAAGGCGGUCUGUGACUUUGCACUGACAGCUUGUGUGAAAAGCAUUGGUGCUUUUUUUGUGCUAGGCAAAAAGACAUGCAAGGCUGUAGACACUAAAGAGGUAUCUCUUCAUUCUGCCUUUGCCAACACAUAUUUGGGAUUCAUUCCUAUGGAAAAGUAGCCCACAAUAGAAUUAUAUCUGUUCUUAUAAACCAUGGCUUGUUGUGAAUGCCAGAUACCGAAAUGAUCAACCUAUGUAUGCAUGUUCAUCCCUUGUUAACAAAUCAAUUAGUGAGAAUUCUCUCAUUAAGCUAAAACUUACAAGAGUUACUGUCCAGCUCAUUCUAAGUAGCAUUUUGUUCCUUGAAAACCCGUUUUCAGUCAAUUCCUGUGAUAAGAUCAUCUUUGUGUGUGUUUCUUCUCUUAAAAGCAAAACAUGAACUCAUACCACUUUGUAAUUUGCACAGCUCCCUACAUUUUUCCCAGGAAAGUUUUCAAAGAGUGGGACAAUUUGCCCCUUUGCCACUAGAAGAAAAUCUAUGAUUACUCUGUAUUAAUUGAAGACUUUGUUCCUAUAAGCACUUGCUUGGAAACAAGAGCCCAGAAAAGUUUCUUUCUGAACUAACUUUCCCAGACUUUCCCAGUCAGAAAAGCCACUGGGCACACUGACUGGCAAAGUCUGGAACUUGUUCAAAAAGGAAUUUUUCCAAAUUCUGUUGGAAGUACAACUUAUUGAACUCAAUAGAACCUGCUUUGAGCACAAGUGUGCUUUGUAGUAGGCAAAGUUAGGAUUCAGAAAACCUGUGUUCAAAUCCCCCACUCAGUCAUUGGGGGCUUGCAAUAGUAAACCACUCCUUGAAUAUUUUACAUGCCUCAGAAACCCUGUUAAAGUUGCCAUAUGUCAGAUGCAACUUCAUGGCACAGAACAAUAAAUCUGUGGCACAGAACAAUAAAUCUGCAUAGGAUUGAUUGGGAUGGCAGAUGUAUGCCAUUGUUCAACAGACCUGCAGUGCUGCAUAUGCUGGUAAAUGUUGUAUCAAAGUAGAAGAUCUAUUACGACAAGCCAGCACGAGUUCUGGAGUUCCUGUGUUGCCAGGAUCAGAAUCGGAAGCAGGGUGCACUAUCCGUGGUAAGCCCCUUUUCUCUAAUGUGAUUCCUUCAGUCAAGGAUACUAUGUCUUUCUUCCUAGUUUGGUUUACAUUUGAGUAGAAAUAAGGGGAGGCUGAAGCUUGUCUCCUAACUGCCUGCUGAAUCUCACAUUUGUGAAUUGUUCCACUGCACAGCAGUGAUCCUGUUUGGCUGUAUUACUGAUUCAGAGAAGCAAUCCUAUAUUGAUAAUGGUGAAGUGGGACUACAUGCUACCUUUGUGCUGAUGAGAAUGUUGCCCCUUAAAAUUUGCUGGGUCAACUCCACUUCUUUGUGAGUCCAUUUUAUACCAAAGGUCUUUGCUACUAAUAAAAUAAAAAAAAGUUAAAGUGAGAAGCUGCAACCAGGUAUACUUUCUGUCUAGCAAUACAUCUGUGAUCAAGGAAGAAUAGCGCAAAGGAGUCUCCAGUUGUUGAUUGCCCACCCAAAUAUGCAUUAUAUCUCUGUAAAAAAUAAAAA